UACAACGACCAGACUCCUGUGCGGUACAGCUUGGGCAUAUUUUUCAGGGCGAUGCUGUACCAGAGGUGUUUUAAAAUAGGGCGUUUAUGUUUCUGCUCCAUUCAUUUGCAGAGAGGAGACGUUCGCGUCUACAUAAAGAGCAGUAGGCGGCGCGUCAGACUGAGAAAGGCUGGUCAGGUUUAACGAACAGUGACCACGGGCUCUGUCUUCACCGUGGAAACAGUUUAAUAGUACAGUACUGUGGGUGGGUAAUUCAGUGCGGAAAUGUCCAGGUUAUUCCGGGCUGUUAUCAUGGGUCCACCAGGCUCGGGGAAGGGGACCAUAUCCGAGAGGAUCGCGCACAGUUUCGGCCUUAAACAUUUGUCCAGUGGAGAUUUUGUUCGAGAAAACAUCGCUGCGAAAACUGAGGCUGGUGUUCUAGCUAAGACGUAUAUAAAAAAAGGAUUGCUUGUGCCAGACCAUGUCAUGACGCGUCUUCUGCUGCCUAGAUUGGAGGAGAUGACCAAAUACAGCUGGGUGUUGGAUGGUUUCCCUCGAACGCUAGCUCAGGCUGAAUCCCUGAACAGUGCCUGUGAUCUGGAUGUAGCUAUCAACCUCAACAUCCCUCUGGAAACACUGAAGGAAAGGCUGCGACAUCGAUGGAUACAUCCACUCAGCGGCAGAGUGUACAAUAUAUGCUUUAAUCCUCCCCGCGUCCAGGGGAUAGAUGACAUCACAGGAGAGCCAUUGAUUCAACAGGAGGAUGACAGACCCGAAGCCCUGGUGGCCAGACUGAGACACUACAAAGAUGUUGCCAAACCUGUCACAGACUUUUAUAAGGGUAAAGGGAUCCUGUACACAUUCUCGGACACAGAGACAGAUCGGAUCUGGCCAAAUAUCAGCACACUUCUCAGCACAAAGAUCCCUACCAUCCAAUCAGAUGCUCGGUGUGCUUCAACUCACUGAGGAAAUCCACUGAAAGUCUCAUAUCAGAGAUAACGGUGUGGCCUCAUCUCAGAGGAAUUACUAAUUGACCACAUUUGGUUUCCAAAGAUUCCAUGCUAGUCAUUUUUAUUACUGCAACAUGUCCAUUAGUAGUAUAGUAUUAUUCUUCAUAGUGCUAGCUUUGAUUAUUUCAGUUUCUGUAAAGAUUUUAUACAUUUGAAGGACUUGUUCUCUGCUUUAAGCAUUUGCUUGAAUCUGGGAUUUAGUCUGUUAAAUUCAACUUAUAUCUUACAAUAGUUGUAAAAGAUUGAUAAAGGGUUAGUUCACCCAAAAAUAAAAAUUAGCCCAUAAAUUACUCACUCUCAAGGCAUCCAUCAAUUACUUUUUUCUUUCAGAGGAAUCCAGUUAGAGUUAUAUAAAAAAUUGUCUUUGAUUUUUCAAGCUGUUUAAUGCUACUCAGCAGGUGUUGCAGUGCAUGGUCCAAAAUAAGCAAAAUAAAAAGCUCCCAUCCACAAUAAAAAGUGUCUCACACAGCUCCGGGGAGUGAUCAAAGGCCACCUGUAGUGAAUCGAUGCAUUUUUGUAAGAAAAAAAAUCAAUUUUAAAAACUUAAUAAUCACUUUAAUGUAGCUUGCGCCAACAGUUGUACACAGAAGCAGCUCCAGGAGGAUGAUGUAUGAGGUCGGCAUUGCGCAUGCACUGGUGAGUCUCGUGAAAACCAACGUUUGUCAAAGGGGUCAUGUGAUGCUGCUAAAAAUAACAUUAUUUUGUGUAUUUGGUGUAAUGUAAUGUGUUUAUAUGGUUUAAGGUUUAAAAAACACAUUAUUUUCCAUAUAAAUCACAUUAUUGUUUCUCCUCUAUGCCCGGCCUUUCCGAAACACGUCGAUUUUUAGAAAGCUCAUUGUUCUAAAAAAGCGAGGUGUGCUCUUAUUGGCCAGCUAUCCAGUGGAUUGAUAUUGACCAAAUGCCUUAAGCGUGUGAUGGAAAUGUUACGCCCCUUAACAUACUGUGAUGCUAUCACCCAGCAGGACAUGACUCAUUCCAGCUGCUCUGCUCGUGCACAUCCCAUCAUUGGUUCUCUUUAAGCAGUUCAGUCAAUAUACUGUUAGGAGUAACUGAAUAACUCAGGAUAUUGGUUUAUUUCGCGUCAGAGGGAGUGUCAGGCAUGUUUAUGAACUGAAUAACUUAAGUAAUUUGUGGAUUAGUGUGAGACGCGAACCA